AGCCUGGCUAUCCUAAACAAAGAUGGCGGCGUGUGCGUUACGGAGCUGGGGCAUUUUGUCUACUGUUAAUAAGUUUUGUAAUAAACGCACACUACGGGUUCUGGCAGUGGAGCUCAACAGGCAUGAAGUGAACCGACGUCGUUUGCAGUGUUCCACAUGCGGGCUUCCGAAUGCACAACAAAAACGGUUCAUGUCGUCCCGUAACAGGGCAGAAGGGAAGGUGUUGGAGACAGUGGGAGUGUUUGAAGCACCAAAGCAAAAUGGCAAAUAUGAAACAGGACAGUUAUUCCUGCACAGUGUGUUUGGCUACAGAGGCAUUGUGCUGUUUCCAUGGCAUGCUCGACUUUAUGACCGUGACAUCACCCCUACAGCAUCUGACAGUAAGCCAGAGACUCCAGGAGCACACGGGUCAAAGGAGGUGAAGGGAAAAACACACACGUAUUAUCAAGUCCUCAUUGACACCAGAGACUGUCCACACAUAUCACAGAGAUCACAGACAGAAGCAGUCACAUUUCUAGCCAAUCAUGACGACAGCAGGGCUCUGUAUGCCAUUCCAGGUCUAGACUAUGUAAGCCAUGAGGAUAUUCUGCCGUAUAAUUCUACAGAUCAGGUGCCUAUUCAGCAUGAGCUGUUUGAGAGGUUCCUCAUGUUCAACCCAUCUAAAGUGCCUCCAUUUGUAGCGAGAGACACACUGCGUGCAUGGCAGGAGAAGAACCAUCCGUGGCUAGAGCUGUCCGAUGUCCACAGAGAGACUACAGAGAACAUCAGAGUGACCGUCAUCCCUUUCUACAUGGGCAUGAGGGAAGCACAGAAUUCUCACGUUUACUGGUGGCGCUACUGCAUCCGUCUAGAGAACAUGGGCAACGAGGUGGUGCAGCUCAGGGAACGACACUGGAGGAUCUUCAGCCUUUCAGGAACACUGGAGACGGUCAGAGGAAGAGGAGUGGUGGGCCGGGAGCCUGUAUUGUCCAAAGAGCAGCCAGCGUUUCAGUACAGCAGUCACGUCUCACUACAGGCCCCGAGCGGACAUAUGUGGGGCUCCUACCGGUUCGAGAGGCCCAACGGCACAUUCUUCGAUGUGCGCAUCCCUCCCUUCUCUCUCGAAAGCAAGAAGGAUGAUAUGCCCAACAGCUUCCUGCCCGGCCCCUUCUCCUCACUGGCUUAAGUGCUCAGAGCCUUGCCUUGGUGUGCUCGUCCCAACCCCUGCCAAGCUCAGCCCGUCCUCCCGUCCUGCAUCUUCAGCAACAAGCCCCUGUCCCACUACUUAUCUGUGCAGCUCUAUUUUGCCUAGCAAGACUAAUCCAUAUAAUGAUAAUAACAAAAUACAAUGACAUCACUAAACUUCAGUUUAACCUUGCACGUUGUGUGAGAAGGAGCUUAAACACUAAGAAAAUAAUUCAAAAAAAGUAUUAAUAUGAGUAAUAACUUUAAUUGAGAACUAUUAAGAAAGAAAAUUCUUCAUCACUUCAAAUCACUUACAAGCUCCUUUAUUAAUUAAUUUAUUUAUUAGGGGUUUUUGGUCAGUAUUUAAAGUUGAAAAAGACAUACUUUCAAAUUUAAAGGAUUAAUUGUAGAAAAAAAAGAGCCCAUUUUAUUAAGUAAUUCUUUAAUAUUUAUUUUGGUUAAAGAGUGUUAAAUCUAGAUCUGAGCUCACAUUCUAGCCCUGACUAUUAUAAAGGUUACCUAAAACAACUUUUGUGUUUUUUAACUUAACACUAACGUAUGACGUUAUUGUGCCCCGUAAUGACUUGUCCAGCUAUUUUUUUGUAGAGUCUUUCUUUAAAGUCCUUCACUGGAUCUGUUCUUAAGCCUCAGUCUGCUUUUACUCUAGCACUUCUCACUCUCUCAUGCACUUGACUUUACAAACCUGCCUGCACUUUGCAUCUUUUAGAUCUGUGCUAAUGAGCUUUUAAAAGUUGAGUGUUAAACACUAUUGAACUAAAGUAGAACGUCCAAGAACAAUCAAUUUGUUUUUGUUUUCCAGUAAAGCACAACAAUGCAGAAUGUAGAUGGUACAGUAAAGGUGUGAUGAAUUGUAAAGUUUUUUUAAGAUAAGGCUUCACUAAAUAUGUGAUGCUUCUUCACACCAGUUAAGACGGAUAAUUACAUCAUUUUUGGUGAUUAAAAUUAUUACAUGUUUUUGUAUAAAUAUGGGAACGGGUACAGUUUCCUUCACAAAUCCUUUUUUUAGUGGUUCUUUCUUUCAAGCCUGUUAUUUGCGUUUUGAUUUUGCAUUAAUGUUUGGAAAUACUUCAUGAAAAUAUAUUUGUGAUGGCAUUGUUAUUCAAAAUUUGAAUCUAUGAUUAUAUUUGUAAGUCUGGCCUUUCAGUGUGGUAUAAUUUACAGCUGUGCACUGAUUAGGUUGAUUUAUGAAUCAUUUACCGUUGUUGAAUGUUGAGUGCAAUCUAAGGAAAUGUAUUAUUUUAAAAGGACAAACAGUAAAAUUACUAUGGUUAGACAAGGACUUUUGUGGGUUUUUUUUUUUUUUAGGCUUAAUGUAUUUAUAUUGUCAUGUUUAUGGCUUUACUCUUAGGUUUUUGAUCAGCUUACACAGUUUGUUCUUUAUUCUUAGCCUAAUUUAUGUGGAAAAAAAAGGUGCACAAACAUGUAACCUGCGAUUUGUUGCCAGAAGUAGAUUCAACAAGAGAAAAAAAUACUCCUUACUGGCUUUAAUUUUUUUGUGUUGCUAUAUUUAUAUUAAUUCAGUAUAGCACAAGCUGCAAUGUCUGACUCCUACUGCCUGCAUCACCACACAUGGGCACUGAUCGACAGCAGAGCGGUGUUUAUAAGUCAGAUUAAUUAGCAUGUGCGAAUCACCAUGGACCAUGCUCAUGUGCAAAAACAAGCCAAAUAAACUGCAGCACAAAGGGACAUAUAACUCUAUUGUACAACAUGCAAUUAUGUUAGCGCUAAGAAUCCUAAGAAAAUAAACCUUGUUUAGACAAGGAUAAUCCUAAUACAUUUGGUUAAUAAACUAGCUGAUCAUGUUAUUUUAUGAUGUUGGUUACCACUUUCAGCAUUUCCAGGGAUCAGGUACUCCUUGUACAGUACUUGAAGUUGCCAGUGGAAAAGCUGAUGAAUUUGAUUACCCUUGUAGUCCACUAAAAUUGCAUUGACCUUUUAUACAAACUCUUCAUUGUCAUAUUGUCGGCAAUUGGAUCCUUUGGUUUGUCCAGUGAGAUCCAUUUUGGAGGAAACAUCAUUAUUUAUUGGUCUGAUCCUGUUCUGGAGAAUAAUAUUUGUAAUCAUCAUCAGGGGGACAAAAACAGAGAGUGAGUUCCCAAUGUGAUGCUGCACUCGUAUGACAGUUGUGUAAACAAGAAAUAGCCAUAAUAUUAAGUGACAUUUCAGACAAACUAUGGAUAAAUGGUAUGUCUAUUUUUGCUCCGUUGCAGAAAUGAUCCCCGAAGAAGCCGCACUCACGUUAUAGCCCGCAGCUAUCUGGCUUGCUAGUUCGCACCAAUUUGUGUGUUUCUGCUAAAGGUGUUUCCGGUGACAUUGGUGUCACUUGUUCGAAUGUUUCAGUAACCGUUUUUGCUGAUAAUGUUCCAAAAUAUAAUGGAAUGAAAUAAAAUAAGCACUUUUAAAUGCUUAAAAUAGUGGAGCACAAUCAGCUGUUGUAUAAUACAAUGUUCUGGUUGGUCAGAAGGUGCUGGUUAAUUUAAUGUAACAGCAGCUCUAGCAGUAAUGUUGGUCACAAGUCAGAGGUUCUAUAGAGUAUUUUAAUAAAUGUUUAGCAGUGGUGAUUUAUUAUAUUUUUAUUAUUAUUACCUGGACAAAAACCGUAAUGCACACUACUUUAAUUUAACCAUGCUGAGCUUUGAUUAUGGCACAGUGUUGGUGGCUAACUUGUGUGAAAAUUAUUCCUCUUUCAAAAAUACAUGUCUUGGAUUAUGGUUGUCUUUAAACAAGGAAAAACUCCAUAGAUGUGAUAACCUGGUCAUUCAGUACAUUCAGGUCGUCAGCUGACUUCAUUUUAUUGCCACAUAAUGUUGCUGAGCCUACUAUAGACCUGACCUACUGAAGCAACCCCAGAUCAUAACACUGUCUCCAGAGGCUUGUACAGUGGACACUAUGCAUGAUGGUGCAUUGCUUCAUGCGCUUCGCUUCUUACCCUGAUGCGUUAUCACUCUGGAGUAGGGUCAAUCUGGACACAUCAAAACACAUGACCUCAGAAAGUUUAGCUCGCUAGCAAACUGCUGCCCUUGGUUUUUACACAAAAUAUUGAUUCAUGUUUUGUUUAAAAUUUCUGAGUUUUUAUAACAUUGUGUGUGUGAAAAGCUAUUAAAUAGCUGUGAUUUUUACUGUCAGUUUGUUUAAUCAUACAACUUCACCCAGCAUUUAAGCGACCUCAGUUUUUCAUCAAUUAUUCACGAUCUCUUUCCGACCACAUACAUUCAUUGAAGUUGAUGGUUUGGCACUGCAUUAGACAGUUCUUAACCCAACUUUAGUUAUUUUAAUGCUUCAAUUAUUUUUAUUGUGGGCUGCGGUGGCUCAGUGUGUUAAGGCUCCGAGUUACUGAUCGGAAGAUUGACGGUUCGAGCCCCAGCUCCGCCAGGUUGCCGCUGUUGGGCCCUUGAGCAAGGCUCUUAACCCUGUCUGCUCCAGGAGCAUAAAAUGGCUGACCCUGUGCUCUGACCCUCGCCUACUAACUUAAGCUGGGAUAUGCAAAGAAUAAAGAAUUUCACUGUGCAGUAAUGUAUGUGUGACAAAUAAAGGCUGAUAUUUUAAUGUUUCUCAUUGCUUGAAGAAAGCCAAUAGUUAGCCAGGUUGCACAUUAGAGAAUUACUUAAAUUCUUAGCUCAACUUAAUUGAAUAAAUUUCCUGAAUUUAUUACCUUAAAUCUUUUACACUUUCUUGCUGCAGAACAUAGAAUUCUGG